AUGGGCAACCCACAUUUUCUUGCAAUACCAUUCCCAAUUCAAGGACACAUAAACCCUCUUAUGCAAUUCUCUCAUAUUUUAGCCAAACAUGGUUGCAAAAUCACCUUCUUGACUUCAGAUGAGAAUUACACCAAAAUGAAAGGGAAACUCAUGGAAUCACAAAUAAAUCUAGUGUCUCUCCCAGAUGGUGUGAAUCCUCAAGAUGAUAGAAAAGAUGUUGGCAAAGUGAUUUUGUCCACAAGAAUCACUAUGAGUUGUAUGCUUCCAAAACUCAUACAAGAUAUUAAUGAUCUUGAUAGUGACAACAAGAUUUCUUGUGUUAUUGUUACUAAAAAUAUGGGAUGGGCUUUGGAAAUUGCAAGCAAAUUGGGAAUUAAAGGAGCUCUUUUCUGGCCAGCUUCAGCAACUUCAUUGGUCUCUUUUGAUUCAAUGGAGAGGCUUGUUCAUGAAGGAAUUAUUGAUUCUCAAACUGGUCUUCCAAAAAAACAAGAGAUUCAACUUUGGACAAAUUUACCUAUGAUGGAAGCAGGUGCCAUGCCAUGGUACAACUUAAAUAGUCCUUUCUUCUUCCUUCAUAUGAUGAAAGAGAUGCAAAAUAUGAAUUUAGGAGAAUGGUGGCUUUGUAACACUAGUAUGGAUCUUGAGGGUCAAGCACUUUCCUUAUCACCAAAAUUUCUACCAAUUGGGCCAUUAAUGGGAAAUGAGCAUAACAACAUUGGGUCUUUGUGGCAAGAAGAUGAAACUUGCAUAGAAUGGUUAGAUCAACAUCCACCUAAAUCAGUCAUAUAUGUUUCAUUUGGUAGUUUGAUAUCAAUUGGGCCCAACCAAUUCAAAGAAUUGGCUCUUGGGCUUGAUCUUCUUAAAAGGCCUUUUCUUUGGGUUGUGAGGAAAGAUAAGGCCCAUAAGAAUAAUGGGCUAGAAUAUGAGUACCCUAAUGAGUUCAAAGGAAAUCAAGGUAAAAUUGUUGGUUGGUCACCACAAAAGAAGAUUUUGGGCCAUUCUUCUAUAGCAUGUUUUAUUACACAUUGUGGUUGGAAUUCAACAAUUGAAAGUGUGUCUAAUGGGGUGCCUUUGUUGUGUUGGCCAUUUUGUAGUGAUCAACUUAUGAACAAGACAUAUAUUUGUGAUGUUUGGAAAGUUGGAUUGGGAUUUGAAAAAGAUGAAGAUGGGUUAAUUACAAAGGGGGAGAUAAAGAAGAAGGUGGAGGAAUUACUUGAAGAUGAAGAAAUUAGAGAAAGAUCUUUGAAGUUAAUGGAAAUGGUGGUGAAGAACAAAGAAGAAGGGGGUAAGAAUUUAACCAAAUUUAUCUAUUGGGCUAAGGAAUAG